AUGAGUCAAGCACAUAAACCACCACGGUUCACUAUUGGUACCCGUAAAACACAAGCCCAGCGGUCUCAAAUGAACAGCAACGUUCCAAUCAUCGAGCAAUUAAUUCAACGCCCACAGCCAGUCAAAAAGUCAAAUCCUGAAAUUGAGGAAAUCGAGAAGAAAACAAACGAACUCAAAAAUAUCGACUUAAAAGAACUCGACAAGCGUUGUCAGUUAAUAGAAGACAUCAUUUCACAAAUUGAAAAAUAUCAGAUAAAGAACAACGAGGAAUUAACUGCUAUCAAAACGGCUGUCGAGAACCAGAGCCUUGCACUCGAGCAAGUCAUCCAAUAA